UUACGCUGUCGGUGUGUUGUGGCGAAUGAUGCGCCCGGCGGCGUCGACAUCGACCCUCGGGCGGCCCUGCAAGACGGGAAACACACGGGGUGCAUGUACGUAAUGUCCGUAAUAGACAAAUAUCACUGACCCCAUGGACCGGCGCCCCUCUCUUGCUCUUCGACACCACCGCCUGCUUGGCCUUGGGCGGUGGUGGCCUCUUGGUGGGCGGCGAGGAGUGCCUCUUGGCCUGUGGCUGCUUCUUGGCUGGCGGUGGCGGUGGAGGCGGCGACACUGAUGAGGGUAAAGAGGGUGCCAUGAACUCGAGCAGCACCAAGGGCGACGGGCUCGUCUGCAUCAGCAUGGCGUUGAGGUCGGGCCGCACCUCGUUACACAUGUCCAGCAGCUUCUCCAGGCAGCCGGGGUCCCGUGCCCAGAUGGCCUUCAGGACCAUGAAGAAGCGCCUGGGCAGCUGCAUGGUCACUCGCCGCCGCACAGCCUUGGGUUGAGAAAGGCACAGCGGUCCCAGGUCUGGAGCUCCUGCGGGUGCGUGCUGAUAACGUGCACGUAUUGGCCUGAGACCAUAUCACGUAUUGGCCUCACAAGUAACACGAAAAAACUCGAAUGUGAGCAACCUUCCAAUCUUCAAUUGAUGCAUACCCGAGCCAUUCCUGAAGUUCUCGAGCUGAAACUGCGCGGCGGCCUCCGCCAACUUAUCAAAGAGGUCCUGCCGCACACACACAUCACCAUCAAGGAAGGGAAUGCACCCAUACUCGUUUUCAUCCGUGCGUGCAAGGAGGAAUGCAUCUGUCUGUCUGAUGUCGAGGAAUGCAUCCGCCUCCCGUCGCCACAACGGUCCCUUGUGUGGCUAUUCUGCCUCCCUCGCUGCCUCACUGCCCUUACCUCAUCCAUCGUGUUGUGUCGCGUCGUGACAAAUUGCAAUAAUCCUGGCCCAACUGCAAUAAGACAUGGUCCACUCGUCGAUGUACACAUUGAGCUGUCUCGGUCUGAUACACACACAAGACAGAGACCGGCCAAGCUGCAGGGAGACAUGUGCUCCUCUGUCUUACUUCAGCGGGCGGUGCAUACGAAUUGGACUGACGUGGGAAUCCGUAUGAGAGUCUCACAGAUAUAAAACGUAGGCAGCGAUCUGUCUGCAGACACAGAACAGGAGAGACACAGCAGAUUGUCGAUGAGCCUCGCCGUGAUCUUGAUAGGCCGUCAACUAGUUGCUCGCACACUCUGAAGUAACCGAAACAACAGACAGAGAGACAGACACAUCGAUCGCCUCCACAGCAGAUGUUUCUAUGCAUCGUGUUGCUCUCACUCCUCACCUCACCAGCGAAAGCAGAUCAGUCGGUGAUCGCGACCGCCCCGUCUCCCUCGCUGCCACUGACCGUUCCCCCCUGCCCUCCUGCUGCUGCUGCUGCUGCUGCUGUUGGCGGCGUUGGUCACGGUGUGCGGGGAGGGCAGAGGGAAGGCCACGGGCCGCCCAACGGGCCCCGCCCCCUCGUUGCGGCGCCACCAUGGCCGGCGGCACGUCGCCCAUGCGCUGGCCGCGCAGAAUCACCCCGGUCACCGCAGGAUCCAUGGCCACGCCCAGGGCUGCGGCUUCAGACACUGACAUACAUAAAGACAAUAAAUAUGUAACAUCAUACAUACACGAUGAAUGAAUUCAAUCGUCGGGGCCCGGUGCAGACUGAAUGAACGAAUGAACGAAUGAAUGAAUAAACGAAUGAAUGAGUCCCCCCUCCCUCCAUGCGCACCUACCAGAUUUGCCUUCGAAGGGGUUCAAGUCCUCGUGUGAUACUGGGCACGCUGCAACACGUGGCUCGACUGCAUGGACAAGACGAGACGAUACGAUACGAGACGAGACGAGACGACCCAACGAACGAGAGGAAAGGAAGAACGAAGGAAGAGAAAGUCUUAAUUACAAGUUGUGAAUGAAUGCAUUCAUGAUCCACGGAUUGGAUUCGUGCGUCCCUUGGCUGUCUGUCUGUCUGUCUCCUCCCUAUUCUCCCCCUCCCACCCCGCCUACUUACCUUUCCUCCAAACGCGAUGGCCACCACCGCCGCCCCGCACAGCCGCCACCGUCCCUGAAUGACCGGUGCUGCGCCACGUGGCGUCGUUGCAUGCCGGUCUUGCCGAGCCCAUGAUGCGCUCCCUGGCCGCCGCAUACUCCAUCUCCUUCUCGUCCAGCGUGGUCGGCUCGCCACUCCGGCCCCCGGUAUCAACACCACACUGCACGCACACACACACACACACACACAGAAAACACGCACACAGAGAGAGACAGACAUGUGAGAAACAGAUAGAUGUAUGUAAAGGUGCCAAAUGAAUGACUAACCUCCUUUGACGAAUCCUCGAGAAUGCGGCGGCAGGCGUCACGGUCGAAUCGACCACUGCAGGGGCGGUAAGGGCAGGUGAAGGUCGAGCUCCUGGGGUCCCCUCAGCGAGAGAGACACAGUCACCCCACCUCCCACACAGCACGAUCCCGCAACACGAGGCCCUGAACGUCCGCGGCUACGGCUGGGCACACUCUGGGCGCCUGGCGCUCCGCGUGGAGGUUUGUGGCGGCAGUGGGGGUUGGGGCAUUUGGUGUGUGUGUGGCGGCUGUCGACGGGGGCGACGGCCUCGAGUGCGGCCUUUUUGAUGAGCGUUGGGGGCUGCUGGGCGACGUCUUCGCGCACCGUCAGCGCGGCCAGCCGGUUGAUGUCCUCUCCUCGAGCGAUGAGCGCCGUGAGCCUGUCCAUCAAGAGCCGCACUCUGAGCUGCCCCACCGACAUGACGUCGGGCGGCAGCUGCAGGAGGCGAAGCACGGUUGUCCAGUCUUUGUCAGGCACGCCUGCAUACAUAAUCAAUCAUGCAUGCAACACAAAUCAAUCAAUAGAGAAAAAGGCCCGCCUUUGCCCCACCCACCGAACCGACCGACCUGUCAUGCCCUUGAACGUGGGUUGCGCCUUCCGUAUGAGGACGAUGUGUGCCGAGAUAAGCGCCGUGCUUGCGUUGCGCUCCAU